GGGAUUAUUCGGUGGGUGGGCCUCAGGCUAUUUGUCUAAAAGGUAACAGGUUGUGCGAGGAGGAUAAUUUGCAUUUCUACUGAAAGUGGAAUUAGCCUAUACCCGAAGCCAUAUAAUGUAAUCCUUAUUUUUCUGUUCCCCCCUAUAACGUCUGGGCAUACUUGAAAAUACCUUUAAAUUUAUCGAUCAGGACCAAAGCAACGGGGACGAGAACCACAGCUCAAUAAGCGUUUGAGAAUCGACAUUUGUCACAGAGAUGAGCACUCUCUCAGCGGAGCGGAAGGCGCCGCUGGACUACGGCGUGCAGAUCCGCUUCAUCAAUGACCUGCAGGACUCGGGCGGGGGCUACCCGCUGGGCCCGCGGGGGGGCGGGGGGGGCGUGGGCAGCCCGCUCACCUCGCCCACCUCCAAGUACGGCGUGGCGGUGCGGGUGCAGGGCAUCGCCGGGCAGCCCUACGUGGUCCUGAAGGAGGGCGAGAAGGGGGACUCGUACGGGGUGCAGCUGAAGAGCGAGGCCCCGCCCCCGGCCUCGGCCCCGCCCCCGACCUCCUACAGCCUGCCCCGCAGGAAGGAGGAGAGGGGCGGGGCCGCGCCCGCCCAGCCCCUGGGCCGCGCCCACUCGCAGGACUCCCUCCUGGAGAGGCGGACCAUGGCGGAUUUCCGGGGCCUGGUGGCGCGGCCCCCCGGGGACGGGCGCUCGGGGAGCCACGGGGCCCUGGACGGGGGGGCGGCGGCGGCGGCGGGCGGAGGAGAGGAGGCGGCCCUCAACGGGGAGGCGGGGCUCAGGGCAGGGGAGGGGCGGGGCUUACCCGCCGAGUCCUUCCCGGACCCGCCCCCUCCGGUCGCGCCCCUGGACAACGGCCCCUCCUCGGCCGUGGACACCCACUCCCUGGCCCCCAUCAACAGGCUCAUCAGCAAGUUUGGCGGCGGCGGCGGCGGCGAUGGUGGUUCCGUGGGCCCGCCGCGGGGCCGAUCCAAGCCUCAGAUCCGACCGAAGCCCGGCGCCCUGGACGUCCACGACGGCGUCCCGGAGGCCUUGGCUCCGCCCCCGCUCCCUUCCCCCUCCCCCUCCCCCUCCCCCUCGCCCGUCCCCAACCCCUACGGCUCCUCCCCUCCGCCCUCCUCCGCCUCCUCCUGCAGCAGCCUGGGGCGGAGCUACAGGUCCAGCAGCAAAGCCAUGUCCCGCCCCCUGGCCUCCACGCCCCCCUCUAGUUGGUCGGUCGGGAGGGUGGUUGCCAAGGAGACGCCACAGAUAGCCCAGACAGAGAAGCAGGUUACUCCUGACCUGCUGAGGGACCAGGGUCAAAGUUCAGAGGUCACCAGCAAGGAAGAGCGAACGAAACAAGCCAUCUAUAGCAUCCUGAAGGAGGGGACCAGUGAAAACGCGGCCGCCACCAAUCGCAAGGUCGACCUCAUCUUGGAGAAGCUCCAGGACCUCGGGGUGUCCCAGGGGGCUGACCCCACCAUGAAGGCGGAGCUUGAGGAGUGCCUGGAGGAGAACCUGCGGCUGCAGGAGCAGCUGGACCGCAAGAAGGCCGAGCUGCACCAGACCCACAGCGAUGUGACGCAGCUCCGGAUGGAGAGGGAGGCGGCCGAGCUGAGGGGGCGGGUCCUGGAGGACCAGCUGGCCCAGCAGCAGGAGGACCUGAGGAGGGCGGCGGAGGACGCGGCCCAAACGGAGACUCUGCACACGGAGCUCUCCGGGGAGGCGCAGCUGCGCCAGCGGCUGGAGGACGCCCUGCGGCAGCGGGAGCGGGAGCUGACCGCCCUGAAGGGGGCGCUGAAGGACGAGGUGGCCACGCACGACCAGGAGAUCGAGGCCCUGAGAGAGCAGUACGCCCUGGACAUGGAGAGGCUGAGGAGCAGCAUGGAGCAGGUCGCCCAGUCCCAGCAGGGUAUUGAAGCAGAGCGCCUGAAGGUGAAUGCCUCCAUGCACGCCCUGGAGGAGCAGCUGGACACCGCCAGAGAGGAGCUGAGCACCACCAAAGAAGAGCUGCUACAAACCCGUCUGGAGAAGGAGGAGUUUGAGGAGGAACUGAAGGAACUGCAGGAGAGACUGAACUCUAUGAAGGAGCAGAUGCCUGAUUCUAGCCACGCACAGACGCUCACACAGGACCUGUAUCAGUGCCAGGACAGCCUGAAACGGGCCCGGUCGGACCUGGAGCAGCUCCGAAUCCAGCUGGACAGGAAGGGGGCGGAGCUGCUGUCCCUGAAGAAAGCCAGUGAGGACCGGGAGGCGGAGCAGAGUCGGGAGAUUGACAGACUGAAGCAGCAGUCGCAGGGGGACAGAGAGGAGCUGGCCCAGGCUCUGGAGAAGGCCAAACAGCCGGCGGCGGCGGAGGCGGGGUGGGAGGCGGAGCGUCUGCGGGACCGGCUGGCGGCGACGCAGAGGGAGCUGCAGGCCCAGAAGGCCGAGCAGCAGGAGCUGCAGGAGACCAACGCGCGGCUCAGAGACAAGAUCACCCGCCUGGAGACCCGUCUGGAGUCCAGCUCGUCGCAGAGCUCGGAGGCGGAGCUGGCCCUGGAGGAGGAGAACAAGGGCCUGCGGGCCCAGCUGGAGGAGGCGCGGCGGGGGGCGGCCCGGCUGGGGCAGGAGAGGGAGGAGCUGAGCCGCCGGCUGGAGGAGCGGGACCGCGAGAGGGAGGGGCUGAAGAGGGGCAAGACCGAGCUGGAGGAGCAGAAGAGACUGCUGGACCGAUCUCUGGAGAAGAUCGGCAAGGAGAUGGAGCAGCUGAGCUCGGAGUCCCGGCUGUGUGUGCAGGGGCUGCAGGCGCAGCUGGAGGAGUACCGCGAGCGCUCCCGAAAAGAGCUGCAGGACGCCCAGCGCCAGGGCAAGGACCGGCUCAACGAGCUGCAGCGGGCACAGGGCACCGCCCGCUCCCUGCAGGAGGAGCUGUUGCGGCUGAAGAAGGAGCUGCUCCUGUGCAGUGAGCAGAGGGACAGCGCCCAGCUGGAGAAGGAGCUCUUCUCCAACCGCCUCAAACACAGCGAGGAGGAGCUGGGCGCAGAGAAGAGUCUCCACGGCGACCGCAGCCGGGAGAUCCGCGCCCUGGAGGACCAAGUUAAACAGCUGGAGCUGGACCUGGAUGAGGAAAAGACCAACGCAGAGCUUCUGAGUGACCGUGCCACACGCAGCCGGGACCAGGUAGACCAGCUGCGUUCGGAGCUGAUGCAGGAGAGGUCCUGCAGACAGGAUGUGGAGGUGGAUAAGAGUGUUCUGGAGAGACAGCUGAAGGAGCUGAGGGGCCGUUUGGCUGAUGUGGAGGGUCAGACAGCGCGCCCCUCCACGGGGGUGUCCCACCUGGAGACCAAAGUGCAGGAGCUGGAGGAGCGACUCCACAGCGAAGAGAGGGAGAAGAGCAGUCUGCAGGCAGCUCAGAGGCGGUUGGAGAGGAGACUGAAGGAGCUGAACAUCGUAAUGGAGGAGGAGAGACAGAGACAGUCUGAACAGAAAGAUCAGCUGGCCCUGCGUGUGAAGGCCCUGAAGAGGCAGGUGGACGAGCGGGAGGGAGAGGUGGAGAGGCUGGAGGGACUGCGCAGGAAGGGUCUGCGGGAGGCCGAGGAGCAGCUGGAGCAGAUGGACGUGCUGCAGGCCCGAGUCUCCACCCUGGAGGCGGAGCUAAAGAGGAAGGCACAGCAGUCGCGUCGUCCAAUCCUGAGCUCCGCGGAUGACGAGGGCCUGGACGACACGUUCAGUAUAGCCUCCCUGCUGUCAUAGCGCCACCUGCAGUUCGGCGGCUGCUAGAACGAGCAGGAGACCGAGAGACGGAGGGAUGUGAAAAGGAGGGAUGGAGGAAGAGAGAGAAGGAACAUGAUAUAUAAAGAGAGGGGGAGAUUAGCAGCAGGUCUCUCCACCCCCCUCAGCAUUGAUGGACAGUGAUGAAGGGGUUACUCCACACUCACCACACAGAUAAUUUACAUUAGCAGAGCGCCCCCUGCUGGUGUCAGCCAGGUUGAGUCUUAAUAAUGUGUUUACUGCACUGAGCUUUGGGCGCUGUUCUACUGGGAAAGGGAGAGGGGUUCAUGGGAGCACUCAUGCUAGGGGUGGAGCCUGGUAGCACAGCAUCACCAUGGGGGGGAGUGGCUAGUUUGGGGGGAGGGGCAUUCUGCCGCGUUAGGUACGUUGUCGUGGUAACAUCGCACCGAAAGGAGGCAGCCACCAGUAGUCGCAAUGCUGUGGCACAACGCGAAGACAAUCUCGGACGCAUCAGGGUCAUGCUUAAAUUUUUCUAGAUACUCGACAGCCUUUCACACCUUCUGAAUUAGAGAAGAGGCCUUCACUUUUACCCUGUUAUGUCUGUCUCAGACUCUGCUGCAUUCAUACUCACUCACACAUACACACAGCAGUUCACCAACACACACUCAUACGUUCACACUAGUGCACAUUCACACUAGCGCUCACACUUACACACACAGGCUUAUCAGUACACCAACACACACUCAUACGUACACUCUA